GUUGGAAAUGUAACAGUUGCUGAUAUGACUUCAAGGUAAACGCACGAAUAUUCGGUAAUUCGCCGCACACGCAAUCAUUCGGUUUAAGUUAAGUCGAAGUUCUAACUGAAGUUCUAAAGUCAUUGACGUAUUUUGCAUAAAUUAGCAAUGUUAUAUAAAUCAAUGUAUACACUUGUGAUAUUCCUAUAUGUUUUGUGCUUGAAUUACAUCACCUCUGGCGCUGCAUAUCCCUGGCAAGCUCACCAUGAAGGCUAUGAUGCUAGCCUAGACCCGGUCAUAUGGUCGCGUGCAUUCGUCAAAGAUAACAUACGCAGAUCCAGACAGUUUCCUGCGCUACCUCCAUCGACUUCAAUUGAAAAUAAUGAAAUUCUAUUAAAUGAUAGAUGCCACGAAUUUGUACAGCGUUUCAUCGAUUCGAAUCACGCUGCAAGUGAUAUUUUGCGUGAUGAAAAGCGACGUGCAGAGAAUUCUUUCGGCCGACGCAGAUCGGGUGUGCAGCUGGAAAGUGAUUGGAAUACAGCUGCCAGUUAUAAGCGCCGAUCAAGCAGUAAACGCGAAUCCAACUUAAAUCGUUCGAAGUUACAGCAUAGAAGAAAACGCAAUCACAUACGUUAGACACGCACGAGUACAUUUAGAAUAAGAUAGUUUGAUUAGUUGUACUGAAUUUCAGUAUUGUGUAUUUCAGCUUUAUUUUUACUUAGUUUAAGUAAUAGUUCGAACUAGUAAUAAAUACAUAUGUACUUUGGAUGGUUAGAACCUUCUAUUGUGCAAAAACAAGAUUUUAAGCAAGCAGCUGCUAAACUUAACGAAGUGAUAUUAAUUUUUUUGCGCAGUGUUAAGACCUCAUGCACCUUACUCAGAAAUUUUCGAGAUCGCAUUACGAGCCUGAUGUCAAUUUUUUGAAACUCAAAGUGGGUAAAAUAUGGAAAAAAAUCAUCGGGUGCGCUCGAAACUUGGCGCUCAGAGGUUUUUGAGGUCGCUGAUUAUGAAUCUGAUGUCAAUUGUCCAAAAUAAGGUUUCUGAAAGUUAUUUACCACCAGAGAUCAACACAAAGCUCCAGAGGAACUGAACACUGUUUAAUAUAUAUUUAGCUCAAUUCUUUGUGCAGUAACUACGGGAGGAAUGUUUAUCAAUUUAUUCUAUAAACAUCACAACCGUUAUUUCGAGUUAAUUUUGUUAUCUGUGAAAGCUUGAGUGCUAGAUGUUUAACUUCUUCGGUUGUUUUCGAAUCCACUAAUUACGAAUUUAAUAUUAGAUUCAAAAUUAGCGAUUUUGAAGCGAUUUCAUGCAAUUUUCAAAAAUUGCUUUUCGAUAUUUAAACCACCACUUUGAGUUUUGUGAGCGCGAUGCCUGGUUCUAUCAAAGAACACUUAAAAAACGUAAAUCAAAUCUU